GCGAAUGGUCACACCGCCCAUGACAAACUCACAAAAGAAAAACAAAUAAUAAUAAUACAAUAUAGCCGAAAAUAAUGCGCUAUUAACGCGAUCGGAAUCAACCUGCGCGGAGACGGUGACGGCGACCCACCCCGCAUGCUGUAGCAUGGACAAACUCCGCGGCGGCAGCCUGGUCGGCGGCGGAUCCUCCAGCGGCAAUCCUGGUCCGGAGCACCAGCAACUGGAGCAGUACCCCAAAAACCUGAUCGAGCAAUAUCUUAGGGCCUCCAGCAAGAUCAAGAAGUUCGAGCGGGCCGGCUUCUUUAAACGCUUUGCGCCCAGCGUGGUCGACGUACAGGCCGACUUCCAGCGACUGGCCUACAGCUUCGAGGAGUCGGGCAUCCAGCAGUACGCGGCCAUGUGCCACAUCGGCUAUGCCAAGUGCGAGUCCUACGGCGGCGCCCCGCAGCGCGAGUCGGAGGCCUACCUGCGUGCGGCGCGAUCCUUCCUGGCGGCCCACAACGAAUCCGGGCAGCUGCAUCUGCGCACCCGCCACUCGGGCUUCCGGGAGGGAGCGCUCCACUGCUAUCACCGGGCCGCCGAUCGAGCGGUGGACGGUUGCGUCUUCAAGGCGGCCAUUCUGCGGGAGCUGAAGCAGCUGCAGCGCCAGCUGGAGAGCACCAGCAGCUUCGCCUCGCCCACCCAUCAGAUUAGCGAUUUGGAGACGAGCGCGGAGACCUGCGGUCAGCGCGGCGAUUUCCGGAGUGCCCUGCAGCACUACGACGACAUUGUGGACAAUGUCUACGAGCGACGAGGGGCUCGCAUGUACGGGGAACUCUUGCGACGCGUGGAGGUGCUGCGUCUGCUGCUCCUGGUCCACUUGAAUCUUCCCCCCGCUCGUCAGUCUCCUGCGCACAUCAAGCUGAUCGAGUACUACUACAACCUAGCCCAAUUCGAGGCGCCUCCCAGCUCGGCGGACGAUGGCGGAUCGGUGGAGCGACCGGGUGCCUUUGUGCCGCAGCAGCAGCAGUACCCGCUGGCGGAGAUCACGUGUGCCUGGGUGGAGCGCAAGAUGUGCGAUCUUAAGCACCUGCUACGCGACUUUGGAGCGGAAUUUGGAGCCCUGAGCAGCGUGGAAAGGCAGCUGCUUGCAGUGAUGCACUUGGAACUGUCCAAGAGCUACUAGAUUUUAGGCGUAACGAACUUACUGUACAUUAUAUACUACUGGGUCAUUACCACUGAAUAACCAAGUCUACCAACUAACCUUUGAACGUGCCUACACGCAUUAAAAAAAAAAACACAUUAAUAAAUGCAGCAAUAAGGAGAAAGAGGUGCGAAGCGCAAUGAAAUGUAAUAACAUUCAAAUUUGAGAUUUGUACAAUAAAUAAAGGAAGGCGAGUGGAGAUUAGAUGACUA